AUGAUUUCCACAUGUUCUGAAACAAAAUCACUUACAAGCAUUAGUAAUGCUAAAAAAAUGAUGUGCAAUCUUCAAACUGACGGUGUCAAGUUUGCUUGUUUAACUCAAAUUCAUGACUUUUCAAAAGACCAAACAGUGACGAGAAAAAAUCAAGAUUUGGCCUACACUACAGUUUUGAAAAUAAACAGUUUGGAGUGCAGGGAAAAAAUAUUAGAGUUCAAAAUGCUUAUUGAUUCGUAUAUAUCGACACAUAUAAUGAAAGGUUGUAACAAAUUUGGAAAACAUCACCUGUAUAAAGUCAUACCCACUAAAGAUCUGAUUGAGUCGAUGGCAAAAGUCUUCGGUCACCAUUGGAAUUUUGAAGUCGUAAAUGAGGAAGUCAAAUAUCCCAUCAUUAGAAAAAAAUUGAAUAUAUUGGUUGAAGUUUCCAUUAAAAUCAAUCUAUUAGAUAACAAUUCAUGGUCUGUUUUAGGCGGGUUGUCAAACAGAAUAUUUGACAAUUAUAAUAUCGAUAAACUUCACGACUACAUUGGUGAAGUUGAAGAGGAAGCAAUUGACGAUGGACUCCGUAGAGCUAUACUCAAUUUGUUAAUAGAGAAUAAUAAUUAUGUAGUCUCUUAA